UUGCGUGUGUGUAUAUGUAUCGUUUCAAGGCGCAUAGUCCUGCGACGACACGACAGCUGAUCCAUGUGAUUGUUUACCAGCGCAAACAUGAAAAAUCACUUGCAAUAACGGUUGUACUGUGUUAACCGAAAAGGCUACGUUAUUAUUCCCCUUCAAGUAUGGGAUGCUGCUACAGUUUCUGUAAAGAGGACAGCGGUCCGCAGGGUGGAGAGGCGAACGAAAGGACGCACCUGUUGGUGGAUCCUGUCAGCAACAACACAAAUAUACUAAGAGUACAUAGCGAUGAUUACGUCAACCAAUAUGCAAGUUCUGUGCCUAAAAAGACGGACGAACAAAGUGCAUUAAAUAGAAUUUUACACGAAACUGCAGCCAACGUCAUAGACGUUGGUGCGUUAGACUCACAUAAUCUCGAACAACACGAAUACAUGGACAGGGCACGUGCGUAUUCAAAGAGAAUAGAAUCGGGAAGAAUUGCGCUCCCUGAGACCGCGUCUUGCUUCCUCAAGGACAUACCUGCGCCAGAACGAACAUUGGCAGUUGAACCCCUGGCAAGUGGAGAUCAAGAAUUGAUUACUGAAAUGCUCAACAAGGCUGUGACGGCGUUAGGCGAUGUGAAAGUUCAACAUAAGGAGGACCUGGUGGUGCCGUUUCUAUCGUGAUCGAUGGCUGUCCCCGAAAUUCACUUAUAAUCUUAUCACAUCUCUGACUGGGACUUCAACGUUCACGCUGCACUGAAGAACAUAUAUCUCUUCGGAAAAUAAGUCGGCCUAAGGCCGAAUCGCAAUUCUAGCGUUUGCUGAGGGGAAGGAAUACGCAUAUUGUAACGCGGAUUAAGAUGUAGUAUAUUAUACAAAAUGUUACGAGAUAUUGAUAUUGAUAUUCGCUUGCUGUAUAACAAUGGCUUCGUCCGAUCAUCGGAUAGGUACUUCUCUCUUUUACUUUCGAAGUUUAGGAUUUAAGGAUGUGCGCCGGAAAUUCCCCGCACAGUUUAUCAUUAUCGUCUAUUAGUGCAGUUUUUAUGUGAAAGAUUAAUUUGUCACCAUAUAGUCCUCUAUAUCGACGUAUAUACAUUCGUAAAAGCGGAAGAAUACUAUUUUAUCAUUGUUCAAUAAAUUCUAUCGAAUCACA